UGUAUAUUACCACGUAUGAUCAGUGCACCUCUACAUUGUAAAGGCAGAGAGUAUACAUGUUCACUGAUUUCAUAUAACACCAAGACCGAUACGUAGUUACGGAAAAAGAGAAUUCGAAUCAUGGCUGAUGCAUUAAAGAAUGCCAUUGCUCAGAGUCUGGAAUGUCCUGUAUGUCUGAAUACCUUCACCGAUCCCAGGAUUCUGCAUUGUUCUCACACCUACUGCAAGACCUGUCUGGACAACCUCUUGGAAUGCCAUGGUAACGACCAGAUGCUCCGAUGCCCUGUCUGCAGAGCUGAAACCCAGGUCCCAAACCAAGAUGUCAGCAAAUUACCGGCUAAUCUAGCUUUGAAGUCUCUCAUAGAGGACGUAAAGAAUCAAUAUCAGUUUUGCACGAAUUGUGAAUCCGAGGACAAACCCCAAGCUGUUUUCUACUGUCAAGACUGUGGCAUGUAUCUCUGUAUCACUUGCCACAACAAACACUCUCAGUGGAAAAAUUUCAUCAGUCAUGAGGUCUUUGCAAUGAGUGAGAUCCUAUCAGGGAAGGUGUCAGUACGUAGAUACCGUAAAUGCAGGAAACACCCCAAAGAGGACGAGGAGUGCUUCUGUUCCGUCUGCAGGAGAUUUGCCUGCUUCAGGUGUGUUGUCAUGGAGCAUACAAAGGAAGGACAUGGGGUCAUCGAGGCAGCUGUUUACGAAGGCAACCAUAUGAAGAGUAUCGAGGACCUUAAAUCCAAGACGGACAAGAAACGCCAUUCCUUUCAGAAAUACGUUGAUUUCAUUGAUGAACAGAAAGAGCGUGUGAGCAAUGUUCAGAAGCAGUGUACAUAUGAUAUCAACAAAGCAUAUGAAGAAUCAGUCCAGCAGUUGACAGAGAAGAAAGAACUCCUCAUUGGUGAAGUCAAGGGUAGGACUGAAGAAGUAAAGAAAGACCUAGACAAAAUGAAGAAAUCGGCACAGGAGCACAUCACUCACUUGAUCACCGUAGCUGACGUGAUAACCACUAGAACAAAGAUACCGUUAGAUAUGGAUGCUUUGGCUGCACACGACACUCUAUGUCAAGACUUGCAAGAGGCUUUGAAACAAGAAGAUCCUGACUACAAGCUGCCGAGGCAAUCGAGCAAUAAAGGAAAAAGUGUCAGUUUCAAGAGGAACGUUGGAAUGGACGAGAUAGCUCUCGGUAAGAUCGUAAAUCCAGUUGCAAAGAACAUCGCCUUGCCUACUAAGAAUAGCAUGAAUGCCAUGGUUAGUACACCUGACGGUAGGAUGGCAGUGGGCUGUGCUAAAGGUGGCGUGGAGAUCUUCUCUGCUGAUGGCCAGCUCCAGCAGACAGUUUUUAAACAUGUGGUGAUUCGUGGAGUAGGGUUUCUCUCUGAUGAUCGGUAUGUUAUACUUCGUGGCUCAAACAAUAUCUCACUGUACAGACGAGAUUACGCAAAGUUAAAUGUAAUGUUUGAGACUCUGAGUCAUGAAGAAGGUGGAAAUGCUAACCUCACUGUAGACAGUGAUGAUCAGAUCUAUGUUAGCUACCAGAAAGCCCAGAAGAUCCAGGCAUUCGCACCAGGAGGUGGGAAGGCGAUCAGGGAGAUACCAUGUGAUGGGUAUACACCUAAGCAGAAUACUAGUUAUAAUGAUUACCUGAUCACCAAAUCCUUGAAGACAAUACGAUUGAUUGACAAACAAGGUGUUGUAAAAUAUGAUUUAGAGAAAUUAGGUGUUAACCCACAUGCUGCUGUAUCUCAAGGGAAUACAAUCCUGAUUGCCACGGUGAAGCACGAUGUAGGUUCAGUCAGCAUUGAUGAGUACACUAACGAGCUGAAGCAUGUUCAGAACCUUGUCUUCGAUUACGAGAUUGAGAAGCCUGAGAGAGAGUGGUACUAUCUCCAGCAGUACCGAUCAGGAGAGAUCGCUUUCUGUACUCCAGAUAAACUCUAUAUAUUCGACAGAAAAUAAUGGACGACUCCCUAAUUCUUGCAUUGUAUGACACCACUGUAUUCAAGCCCGUAGGAAGAAAAGAGGGGGGGGGGGGGGUGGUGCGAUGUGAUAGAAUUUUAGAAUAUAGAAUAACAUAAUAUUGCGUUGAAAAUGGACUCAUCCCCUCACCCUUUUUCAUUUGUUUCUCAAAAAUGAGUGGAUGUGUUGGAGCUUUUAUGAGCAUGUGUGUGUGUUAGAGAGAACAAGAAUGUGGGUCUUUUGUUUAAGUUGGGGUGUGCAUGUGUACGAUUAUAUUACUUUUACUUGUUUUAGGUUUUUUCUUGUUUGUCAAAUAUCUAUUAAAAAAAAUAAGUCAACCCUUACCCCUAGGAGGUUGCAGCGUCGCAUCUGACUGUUGUCAUACCAACUCUACUCGGGACAGCCCGUAUCGCCAAAACCAAAAAUAGAAACAAUACAAUUACAUGUAUCUUCUAAGAGGCCUGUUUUUCUGUGACUUCGUAAAGUCAUUUAUAUAACAUCCAGUGGAAUCAGUUAUUUUUGAGCUAGAUGAAAUGGACUUUUGGUGAAUGUUUUUAUAAAUGACAUUCUUAGAUCAUGUAGAUCAAUUUGAAUGAUUGAACCUUUCUAAAAUAUAAAAAAUAACCUAUCUUUAAACAUACUUCUGAUGUGUUUAUCUUUUAAGAUUUUGUUGUUGACGAUUACUUUACUUGUGAAUCUGACUUUUUGGGUAGCUGUUAUAACUUAUAAAUGUAUACAUGAUGUAGACACAAUGUAAUUAUCGCGGACUAAAAUAUUAUUUUACAGUAGGGGGUAAUCAUCCUAGUAUAAAUGGAAGUUUGUAUGUAUAUUACUGUUUUAUACAUAAAAAAACAAUUCUUUACUUUAUCCAAAGCAUUUCAGAUCACUGUCCGAUUAAUCGAACUGGAUUUUUCUUCCACAGAAUCAUGAGAGGAAAUGCCACUUUUCGUAGUAAUUUCUACUUCUUACAAUUUCUAUUGUUUUGUACUAGAAAGUUUAAGAGUUUUGAAAGUCGACAUAUUGAUUGUAUGGUAUAUGUUGUAAAAGUAUUCUAAAAGCAAAUAACAAAAUAAGGGUUUAUGUUUGAAUAUGAUUGACUGUGAUAUCUUGUAUUUUGUUUUUAAUAAUUACUUUCCGUCUGGCAAAGUACAUGGGAAAAAUGGCAUGGGUCUUGUCAAAAAUACCCGAUUCAUUUAUUCCCUUUUUGGAGAUAUUUCAUUUUGUCUGUGUUUCCAUUUAGAGCAAAUGGUCUUUAUUAGUUUUGAGAAAAAUCUGAAAAGUUAUGACUUUACAUUACUCUUUGUUCACUUUGUACAAAAGAUUUCUUUACACAUGAAACAAAUACCAUGUGAAUAUGACUUUUUUGGUAGCUGUUAUAAAUGUAUAAAUGAAGUAGACACAAUGUAAUUAUCACGGACUAAAAUAUUAUAUUACAGUAGGGGGUAAUCAUCCUAGUAAUGGAGGUUUUAUGUAUUGCUGUUUGAUACAUUGAUUAAAAAAAUAAAUAUUAUCCAAAGCA